GGGAACACCACCAUUUCACAAAGCCUCAGGAGUUUCCGUCCCAGCAAAGAGAUGGACAUUCCUGGCCUACCAGCUUUCUUAGCAGAUUCCCAGAAUAAUGUGGGACAGAGUCCAAUGAUCAGGCUGCCUUCCCGAUUGGACUUUGAACUAUUUGUGUGGCCCAGCCCCCUAGCUUUUAUUUAUUUUUCCUUCCUCAUUUUCCUUUUCCUUGCCUUGCAGGUGCCAUAAUCGUAAGUUGUCCUUCACACCACCAACAGGAUGUUCCUGAUAUGGCUGGGACUUGUGCCAAUGAUGGAAUUUUGUCUCAGCACAGCCCAUGCAGGUAACAUUAGAGUCAGCAGAUCACGUUCUCUUGCAGGUAACUUGAUACUCCAUAUGGACACUGUGAUUGAAAUUCUGAACGAUGUGGAAUUCCACUUGAAAGGAACCCCAGACCUAAUUAUGGCAGAGCUGUAUCAGGAAUUGGAGUUUUGUAAGAGUAAAAUUUGUCAGUUUGUUCUUGGUCCAAUGACUUCCAGGAUCUUGGACUUGCCUUACUUGAGUAAGGCAAAGAGAAUAUUCUUAAAAAAUCUAGUGAAUCAUACACUUGAUGGCUCCCAAGUGGAACAUGGUGUAGUCUUAACUCCUGAUGGAACCACAGUUUCAAUUAGUCCUUUACUUGCUGGAAUAGCAGCUGGAUUGAAAAUGAAAAAUGAGUUGACUCUGCCUGAGAAACCUUUGAUCACUGAUCCUCCAAACAGUUCUGGAGAAGAAUCACGGCUUUCUUUGGAUCCCCUCAUUUCCAGCACAAUUUCAAUGGAUCUUGGAAUGACUUUCCUCUUCUUUUACUCUAAGCAGAACCAGGUAGCCCUGGGACCAAAUGGCUGUUGGGAUAGUAUUUCUGAACCCUGUACUUUUACCUUAAUGGGUCCUCCCUCAUAUAUGCCUGAUGCUGUUAUCAACGGUGCAAUGGAUGGCUUUAUUUUGGGCACUUACUUGAUAAAGAAGGUUGAUCCAUCAUCCAAUAUCAGCGUUCUCCUGAAUGACUAUUAUGGCUCUAAGGGCCUGGAUGGAGAAGAAAAGAUGCGGAGCAACUUCCGCAGAAAUUUUUUUGCUGCACUGCUGAGUAAAGAAAAGCUACAGGAGCAGGUAGAAAAUGCUCUGCACUUUCUCUGGAAGAUGAAUGAAGCCAGCUCCCUCUUUGAAGGAAUCACAGACAAGGAAUUGACAUUUCUGGCAAAACAAGCUGUUGAUGAGUUCAUGACGAUAAUGUCCUGCCAUAAUCCCACGGUGCAUAUGGGGGGCUCGUCCUUAUAAAGGAACACCCACUCAACUUAAGCUACCCUUGGGAUUUGUCUACAUCCACCACACCAGCACCCCUUCUAAGCCAUGCCAAAACUUCUCCUCAUGUGCAGCUGACAUGCGAAGUAUGCAGCGAUUCCACCAAGAUGACCGUGGU